AAUUGGCAAAUGACGUUUUGUUCGUAAGUUGUAACUGUAACCCAAUCAGAGAGAGUUAUUGACUCUUCACCUCACACUCAUCACUGUAAUUAAGAGCCUUGGCUUCCAAACAUCAAUGUCACUACACAGCAAGAACAUCAAACCAACGCUCUCUCUCUCUUUCUCUUGGGCUUUUCAUUUUGAAAUUGUGCUUAGGGUUGUUGUAUGAGGUUGAGCCAUUAACAGUUAGCAGAUCUGCCAUGGCCACCAGCCACAUUGGGAAUGCCGGAGACGCCGACGCCAAGUCCUUCAAGCCUCGCCCCAAGAAGCCCUCCGACGACUUCAUCUCCCACUUCCACGGCUCCGAUCCCAUCCGCGUCGAGCUCACGCGCCUCCAUAACGAACUUCGAGAGAAAGAUAGAGAGCUUGGGGAUGCUCUUGCGGAAAUUAAGUCCUUGAGGAAUUCGGAGCGUCUUAAGGGGAAGGGGGUUGAAGAGCUAACAGAUGAGCUGAACAAGGUGGAUGAAAAGCUGAAAACAGCUGAAGCUCUUCUGGAAAGUAAGAACCUUGAAAUAAAAAAAAUCAAUGAGGAGAAAAAGGCAGCACUGGCUGCACAAUUUUCUGCAGAAGCCACACUUAGAAGGGUUCAUGCUGCACAGAAAGAUGAUGAAAUGCCUCCUAUUGAAGCUAUUAUUGCACCCCUGGAGGCAGAGCUCAAGCUUGCUAGGAUGGAGGUGGCAAAGUUACAGGAUGACAACAGAGCAUUAGAUCGACUAACCAAAUCGAAGGAGGCUGCACUUCUUGAGGCUGAGAGAACUGUUCAGAUUGCUUUGGCAAAAGCAUCCUUGGUUGAUGAUCUGCAAAACAAAAAUCAAGAGUUAAUGAAACAAAUUGAAAUAUGCCAGGAGGAGAACAAAAUUUUGGACAAAAUGCUUCGGCAAAAGGUUGCUGAGGUUGAAAAACUUACCCAAACUGUCCGUGAGCUUGAAGAGGCUGUCUUGGCUGGUGGGGCUGCUGCUAAUGCUGUCCGUGAUUAUCAGCGUAAAGUGCAAGAGAUGAAUGAGGAAAGGAAAAUUUUGGAGCGGGAAGUAGCUCGUGCCAAAGUUACUGCAAACAGGGUUGCAACUGUAGUUGCAAAUGAGUGGAAAGAUGCUAAUGAUAAAGUGAUGCCCGUGAAGCAGUGGCUAGAAGAAAGAAAAUUUUUUCAGGGUGAAAUGCAACAAUUACGUGAUAAAUUGGCCAUAGCUGAGCGCACUGCAAAGGCAGAGGCACAAAUGAAGGAAAAAUAUCAAUUGCGCUUCAAAGUUUUGGAAGAAAGGGUUAAAGCAUCUAAUGGUAAUUCCAAAUUCACUGUAUCAGAUGGAAGAAACAUUGCCACUGGGCCUUCAAGGCGACAGUCUUUUGGUGGAGCUGAGAGUCUCUCUGCAUCCUCUUUCAAUGGAUAUGUAUCAAGGAAAAACUCAAUUUCACGAUCAGGGUCUCUAAGAUCAAAUAGUGCUAAUGUGUUACUAAAACAUGCCAAACUGUCAUCUAGAUCAUUCGAUGGUGCUAGUAGAAACCUGGAGAGAGAGAGGUCAUCUUUGGUUUCUAAUGGGCUAGAUAACAUGCCAACAAAUACCAAUAAUCAUACCAUCCCCAGUGAGACAACUUGUACAAAUGAGGAGAGUGCAAAUGGUACUCCAGUUGAAAAAUCUAAAGCAGAAAAUGAAGACUAUGUUUCAGGAAUGCUGUAUGACAUGUUGCAAAAAGAGGUUAUAUCUCUGAGGAAAGCUUGUCAUGAAAAAGAUCAGACUCUUAAAGACAAAGAUGAUGCAAUAGAGAUGUUGGCAAAGAAGGUUGAUACAUUGAACAAGGCUAUGGAAGUUGAGGCCAGAAAAAUGCGAAGGGAAGUAGCCUCUAUGGAAAAGGAGGUUGCCGCAAUGCGGAUUAGCAAGGAACAUGAUCCGAGGGUACGGCGAUCUAGUGCUCCUAGGGGGGCUGUAAAUUCACAGUCAAUUUCUGCCAGGAGUGCGCGUAACUUUUAGCAAACUCAUUGGCAGUGCCUGUGAUCCUGUGUAAGGAAUUCCUCGCCCCUGUGCCGAUGAACAGAGUUGUUGAUUUAUCAUUUUUUAUUCUCUUUUCCCCAUCUCCUGUAUUUAAGCUGUCUCGACCAGGGGUAAGGUGUAAAGAAAGGACCUUGUGUUUUGUAGGGAAUCCAUGUCUUGUAUAUUUUUUUUGUAUACCAUUUUCAGAAAGAAAACUUAGAAUUAGUGGAAGUAUCUGAAUACAGCUUCCUCAAAAGUUAUUUCAAAAUUCUUCGAGAGUCAGCCUUUGGGCUGCACCUAA